UCAAGUCAUUUAUACAUCCUCUGUCUUGUCGCUACAAACCAGGAGUAUCCGCAAGUUGAUUUUAAUACUUGUGAAACGAAAUGUCGUGUCCGAGAAAUCAGGCCCUCUUCGGUGGCCUUCUGUGCUUUUUCAUGGUUGUGCUAACUGUUUCUUCACAAGGUUGUGAUAAAAGUAAGUGUAAAGGCCCCAUAAGAUAUUACGAGGAACUUGGAUGCAAACCAAAUAUCAAAGACGGCGAAUGCUGUGCAAGCAGUUACGACUGUACUCAUUUAAAAAACAGAUCGGCACACAAGUGCUACGUGAAUGGUCAGGAAUAUAAUAUCGGAGAAUCGCUGCGGAAUGAGGACCGAUCAGGACCCUGUGACGUAGCAUGUUUCUGUAACUUUGGAUACGAUAAAGCUGCCGAGUUCACAUGUGCCCAGAUUGAUUGUCCACGUAUUCCUGUGCAUCAGGGAUGCUUCCUUAGACGUCAUUUGGACUCUUGCUGUAAUGAAGAAGAAGUUUGUCCAAAGCAGAACGAGAAAAUAGAAGAGUGUAGUUUCAAUGGGACCACGUACAAACACGGAGAAAUAUUUUAUCCGAAUGAGCGUAAAAUGUGCCAAUGUUCAAAAUCAUCGAAUGAUGAUAAAAAAAUGGAAGUAGUCUGCAGAACACUUAGUUGUGGAAUUGAAUUGAGACGGUCGACCGAGCUUCGUGAAAAUUGUCCACCUGUAUUCCUCCCACAUCAAUUGCCAUCUCAAUCCUGCAGCUAUGAAUACAAAUGUCAGGAAGACAUGGACAAAGUGAAAAGCACUUCAAAAUCUACUGGCGGAAAUUCGCAGUCGAGGGAAAUAACAGACGCAAUGAAGUGUAAAUUUGGAAACAUUACCAUGAAUAUUGGUGACGAGUUGAGUCAGAAGGAGAAUGACAACGUCAAAUGUGUGUGCGAAGUGCCCCCAAUGCCUACAUGCACGAAAAAUUAAGGCCAAAAACCGACGUGGAGUCAACUUCCAACACUUUUAUACAGUGUACAAUAAUUUUUUUUCUUAAAUAUCAAUUAUUAUGACGGAAAUACUUACUAAAGGAUCCUGUGAUAUUUUUGCAAAACGCAUCUAAAAACAUCCGUGUAAACAUUGAAGUAUCUCUUAAAAAAAAUAUGCUAGUUAAAAAAUUGUUUGUUUUAGCGAUUACGAAGGUAAAAUUUAAAUACCUCAUGAAAUUUUGUAAGUCGUGAAGUAUUUAUGAAAAUCAUGAAAAUUUUAUUUCAUUUUCAUAGAAAAACCUUUAGUUAACGGGU